AUGAACGAGUAUGAUGUUAACUUGGAAGCGGUUGCUUUCACGAUCGACACCUGCGCAGCAGGCCCGGAUGCCAUGGUCCCAUUGAGCGACCAGGUGGCCAGAUAUACAGUCCGCACGCUAACGCGGACGCUGCCUCCAGCCACCGGAGCGGUGCUGCUUCUAGCUGGGGAGGUGGCCCCUGAAGAGGCUGUCCGCAACGCGAAAGCCGUGCAAGACGAGGCGGCGGACAUGACGUGGAAAGUCGCACCUGUGUACGGCACCGGGCUCCUGAAGCCGGUUAUCAGUGCAUGGGCCAGUGGUGAGGAAGCUAUGAGUCACAACUAUGCAGACCUGCAUCCCAUGUGGGUGGUGAAGCUGACCGACAUUCUAAACAUGCCAGAGGGGCCUCCUCCAGUACACGAGGAGUUGCAGAAAGCUGGUGUGCUCGUGCUGCAUGAGCCACAUUUCUCUACCAUCUUCGUGUCGCAUCAGUGGCUGGGUGCAGCACAUCCGGAUCAUGCUGGCAAUCAGUUCCGUACAUUACGCACUUGCAUUGCAAACAUUCUGAGUGGCAGCUUGAAGCUUGCACCAGGAAGUGCUGACACAGGUGUAGUAAUGGGCGCCUGGCAGCACGGGCUGUCACCGUCAGAGGUCAGCAAGAUGCGUGGUUCAUAUGUUUGGUUUGACUGGUUUUCGAUUCCGCAGCAGGGAGAUACUUACAACUUCGCCCUGGCGGUGCAGUCAAUACCUUCCUUCGUUGAUGCUUGUGACUUUUUCGUGGCCUUGGUGCCGACAAUUCCUCACUUUGACACGGGCUUGGAUUGUAACUUCGUUUCUUGGAUCGCCACCGGACUCGGCUUGGUAACAUGUUGCUCCUUUCCACUGCAGACAGUGUUGUCUAGGACAGGGGGUGGUGCCGCGCAGAGAUGUGGUGCAGGCUUUUAUGUGAUCGACCCACCAGUCAACAAGUUUAUCCGAAUUGCGCUCCGCAACAAGAUUGGCCAACUUGAGAUGAGAACCGCUGCUGUUGACACCUGCCGGUACUUCAAAGCCAGAUUUGAAGACAUUCUGGGCCUGCCUCCUGCGAAGCGAAAUCCCAGUUCUUUUGCUUCCCACUUCGGAUUUGGCUCCAGGGAACAGGCUGUUGACGAGAACACUUUCUCCAUGAGCGCUGUCGCAUGUGCGGUGCUCUCCAAAGAUGUGAAGAUGCUGGGAUGGCUGCUCCGUGCGGGGUCUUCCUUCCAAAAGCGGCUGGAUGCUAUGACAGAUGUUGGGAUUUCUCCGGGCUGGACUCCUCUGCACCUUGCCGCCAGCUGCCAGGACCCCGCCCCUCUCGAACAGCUCCUGACAAUGCGUGCAAACCCCAAUACGACAGAUGCAGCCGGCAUCUCGGUUCUAGCAGCCUGCAGUUCUGGAAGGGCUGUAGAGAUGCUGGUGCAUUUUCGAGCCGACGUGAACCUUCGUCGGGCUCCAAGCUUCAAAACGGCCUUGCAGGGCAGUUGUGCCCGCUUCAACGAGACGGAGGCAGUUGCAGCAUUGAUAGAAUGCAGAGCCCACGUCCACCGGGCAGAGCUUUGCUGUUUGGCAAUGGCUGGAACCAUGCGGCCCCACGCAGUGCAGCUUGCGCAGCUGCUGCUGUCGGGUAGAGCCGAGGUAAAUGCAAGUCCACAGAGCUCCGGCAGGGAGAGGUAUCUGGCGGAGAGCAGCAGCACUGCACUGGGCCAUGCAUGUUUCUGGGGCAGUGCCAACCUAGCUGCCUUCCUCCUGGGAGCAAGGGCAGCAAGCAAAAGACUGCAGCUGAAGAGAGUUGUAG